AUGACGACAACACACGAAGAAGAAAACAAAAUGGCGGCGUCCGAUGUCGAUGUUAGUAGCUCAAUUGAUCAAAAUGAGGACAGAAUUGAAGAAUUAACCGACGAAGAAUUAUAUAAUCUUGUUGAAGAGACAUUGUAAGUUCUAUCAACGUCAAAUUUGUGUCCACCACUCGUGAAUUCCGCUUUGAAAACGUAUGUUUACCUGGCAUGGAGCUGUGUGGAAACGUCAAAUAUGUAAAAAAAUAUUUUCUUUUAGGCAAGCUAACAAUGUGCUCAAGAAUGAAACCAAUAUGUUUGAAAAAUAUCUGAAAAGAGUUGAUACAAAAGACAGUACUGGCACAGGUAUUUGCUUAUUGCGAAAUACAAAAUCACUCAAGUACACAUUUAAAACAAUUGUUGGGUAAUUUUAGAGGAAUGAGGGGAAAUAUUCAAUAAAUAAAUUUUGAAAACUACAAAAUGAUUAUCAUUUAUUCAAACUUAGGUACCAUGUUAGUUCAAGCAGUUCAGGAACAGACAACCUCAAGAACAUUUAGAAAACGUACUCGAUCAAGAGGACAAUCAGUUGAUAGGUACAUGUGUACAUAACUUAUUAUUAUAAACUUGUACCUAAAAAACGAGUAAUAAAAAUACAUACUUAUACCUGUAUCAUUUCAUUGUGCAGAAAUUUAAAGCUUACAGCUGAACAGAAAUGUGACAUUGCCCAGCGAGAACUGGAGGAACUCAAAGAAGAAAUAGAGAAAUUGAAAGAUGAGUCUGAAAGAAUUCUAGAUAAUUACAAGGUAUACAUGUGGUGUGUAAUGACAAAUUUUGUAUCUAGAGUUUGUAUACACAAUUGUUGAAAGAUUCCUAUAUACUGUGCGCUUUUUUGUAGGCAAUUAUGGAGGAGGCUGAUAUCCAAAUAGCUGAAACUAAGAAAGCUUCAUACGAAUUUAACAGAGACAUUGUUCAAGGAUCUGUAAAUGCUGUAUGUACUGAUGUCUUUGUUAUAUAUUUAUGUUUGAUGAGCUUACAAAUAUUUAAAUUUCAUUUUGUUCUUUUGUCAUUUUUAGAGAACAAGUAAAAUAAUUGCUGAGAAAGUUGUCAGAUAUUUUGAAGACAAGAUCAGGAGUAGAGUAAGUUGUGUUGCUUGUUUGGCUCUGGUUAAUUUAAUUAUGUGCUUUGCGGUAAAGUAAGAAAUGAAAUUAGUGAGGUAAUUAGCAAUAUCUAAUGUAAAUUAGAAGUGUAAUUAAUUGACAUUAUUGUUGUUGUUUUUGAAACAGGACACACUUAUUGAAAAACUUCGUUUAAAGAACUCAACAUUUCGAGUACAGAAGAAAAAGUUGCAAAUGCAACUGAAACAAGUAUGUCUUCAUUGUUUCAGCGAGCAGUGCGUUUAAAAUAAUGAAAAUAAAAGUGUUUAAAAUGUUGAAACUGGAUGUUGUUUCUAGAAAGAAGAGAUGGGUGAAGUUCUACACGAAGUUGACUUUAAUCAACUCAAGAUUGAAAAUCAACAAUAUCUGGAGAAAAUUGACGACAGAAAUAAAGAUCUGUUGAGAUUAAAACUCAUGACUGGAAACGUCUUGCAAGUUUUGAAUACCUACAAGGUUUGUUGGCCAAAGGUUUCAUGAAUUGUCAAUUUGAACUGAUUUUGGACGUCAAUGACUCGUAAUUUCUCCUAGAAAAAGCUGCAUACUCUGACUGUGGAAUCAGCGCAAUUGAAACAAGAAAUAUCUUCAAGAACGGAACUUUUAUCAAGAAUUGAUACAGAAACCAGGCUGGUGGAAAAGGUAGAAGUAUACUGCACUUUCUUCCUGCUCAGAUUGUCCAUGUUUUUAACAGAUAGUUACAACGCAUCUUAGCGUUUUCCAUUCUUUACAAAUUUUCGACUUUUUGUAUAGGAACGAACAAAAGCGUUAGAAUUGAAUCAAAAACGAAGACAGCAACUAAGUGACUACAAAGUUCCCGAGGUUAGACAAAAACAAUAAGUGUUGAUAAUUUACUACAAUCCAAUACCUCAAUAAUUGUGCUGUUUCUUUUCAGGUGCUGGACUACGUGAAGGAACGAGCAAGUCUUUACGAACUGAACAAAACUGUAAGAAUGUGGGAGAGGAAAGUUGAGAUAGCUGAGGUAAAAUGAAAUGAUAGCCUGUGUUGGAAUGAAGUGAUCAUGUAAUGAUGGAUUUUAUUGGGGUUUUUUUCAUCAGAUGGCGUUAAAUACAUACAGAAAGACCUGGAAACAAAUACAGACCCAUAAUUCCAUGGCAUCGUGGUUCAGCAAUGAAAGACGAGAACCACAACAAACCUAG